AAAAAUAAAAAUGAAAAAUGAAAAAUUCCUUGUUUUCUCAAAUCGUGGGAGCAGACUGAGGACUUUUCUCUCCAAGGUCCUCUCCGGACUUCAAAUCGGAACCUCAUGGCUCCUCGGAGGUUGGUGGUCCUCCUUCUAAUUUGCUCCGUCCUACUCAAUUUUUGUGGCGCGUUUGCUUCAACCGCCGAUGAUCAACGCCGUCCGAUGAUCCUUCCUCUCCAUCUCUCCUCCCCCGACGACGCUCGCCACCACCGGCGAGCCUUCGACGGUCGGCGUCUCCAGAGAUCGGAGCCGAACGCGCACAUGAGGCUCCACGAUGAUCUCCUUACCAACGGGUACUACACGACGCGGCUGUGGAUUGGGACACCGCCUCAGAUGUUCGCUCUGAUUGUGGAUACGGGGAGUACUGUCACUUAUGUGCCUUGCUCUGACUGUGAAGCCUGCGGUAACCAUCAGGACCCUAGGUUUCAACCCGAUUUAUCUAGCACGUACCAACCUGUAAAGUGUAAUAUCAAUUGCAACUGUGACGAUAAAGGAAACCAAUGCACUUAUGAGAGGCGCUAUGCUGAGCAGAGCUCCAGCAGUGGUGUGCUUGGUGAGGAUGUCAUUUCUUUUGGCAAUGAGAGUGCACUUGUGCCCCAGCGUGCUGUUUUUGGUUGCGAGAAUAUUGAAACCGGUGAUCUUUACAGCCAACGUGCCGACGGCAUAAUGGGUUUGGGUCGUGGUCAGCUUAGCGUCAUGGACCAGCUUGUUGAUAAGGGUGUUAUUAGUGAUUCAUUUUCAUUGUGUUAUGGAGGAAUGGGUGUAGGUGGGGGUGCUAUGGUUCUAGGUGGGAUUAAAUCCCCCCCGGAUAUGGUGUUUACCCAUUCUGAUCCCUUUCGCAGUCCAUAUUACAAUAUUGAACUGAAGGAGAUACAUGUGGCUGGAAAGGCUUUGAAGUUAAACCCGAAGGUGUUUGAUGAAAAGCAUGGAACUGUCUUGGAUAGUGGAACGACAUAUGCAUACUUUCCAAAGGAUGCUUUUAUUGCAUUUAAGGAUGCUAUUAUGAAGGAAACUCAUUUCCUCAAACAAGUCCAUGGUCCUGACCCAAAUUAUAAAGAUAUCUGUUUUUCAGGUGCUGGAAGGGAUGUCACCCAACUAUCAAAAGUUUUUCCACAGGUUGAUAUGAUAUUCAGCAAGGGACAGAAGUUUUCACUGUCUCCCGAGAACUAUUUGUUUCCGCAUACGAAGGUUAGCGGGGCUUAUUGCCUGGGAAUUUUUGAAAAUGGGGAUUCAACCACUCUUUUAGGAGGAAUUCUUGUACGUAAUACCCUUGUGACAUACGAUCGAGCGGACAAUAAGAUUGGCUUUUGGAAAACCAAUUGUUCUGAACUAUGGAAGAGUUUAAAUCAUGAGAAUGCUCAGGCCCCAUCUUCUAACGACGGGAAUAUGAGUGGAGGGAUUGCUCCUGACAUCGCCCCAGCUGGAUUGCCUCAAACUGAUCUUCCAGGUGAACUUCAAAUAGGGCAGAUAAGUUUCGAUAUGAUGCUCAACAUCAGCAACUCUAUGAAACCCAACUUCACAGAACUCGCAGAGUCUAUUGCCCAUGAGCUGGAAGUCGAUAUUUCUCAGGUUCACUUGAGGAACUACACUAUUUCAGGAAAUGAUUUACUCAUUAAGUGGACUAUCGUACCUGAUGAAUCUGCCAAUAGCUUUACUACUACCAAAGCAAUGAACAUAAUUCGGCGCUUAAGGGAACAUCAGAUGCAGCUUCCCCAUAAAUUUGGGAGUUAUCAGCUGGUCAAAUUGAAAGUUGAACCUCAAAUAAAGCGGUCAUGGUGGGAGCAACAUUCUUGGAUGGUGGCAGUUGGAGUUUCAGUUGCCUCGGUUCUUGGACUAUUAGCAUUAGGGACAUGGUUGGUUUGGAGAUACAGAUCGCGACAGGGCAUGACUUAUGAGCCUGUUGAUGGCGUUGUUGGUGCGGUUGUUGCAGAGCAAGAACUUCAGCCCCUUAAAUGAAACUCUUUAUUUUGGGGAGCAGUUAGAAUUUCUCUGCGGAGAUACUGCUUUAGAGUCGUAGACUUAGCUUUGGAACUGUACAUAUGGGUGCAGUGAAGCUGAUGGGGAGAUUAAAUGCACAAUCCCUCGGUGACUCAUUAACUGUACAUUCAGUGUACAGUAUAGGAAAGUGGAAAGGCGAAUAGGUAACAUAAUACAGAUGAUCCUUGAUUCUGUCA